CCAGCGGACAGACAAAGAGGUCAAAGGUUGAAGGUGGAAGGGCGGAGCUUCAGAGGGUUUGAUGCGGAGUUAAAAAAAAUGGCGGACAAAGAGAAGAAGAAGAAAGAGAGCAUUUUCGACCUGUCCAAGUACAUUGACAAGACCAUCCGAGUGAAAUUUCAGGGCGGUCGGGAAGCCAGUGGAGUCCUCAAAGGGUUCGACCCUCUGCUCAACCUGGUGCUGGAUGGUACUAUAGAGUACCUGAGAGACCCUGAUGAUCAGUACAAGCUAACGGAGGACACCCGGCAGCUGGGUUUGGUGGUUUGCCGCGGGACGUCGGUGGUUCUCAUUUGUCCGCAGGAUGGCAUGGAAUCCAUUCCGAACCCGUUCAUCCAGCAGCAGGAUGGCUAGCGGUCUUCUCCUGCCCUUCCUUCAUCAUGCCUCCCUCCCUCCUUCCGCUCUUCCACCUGUAGUGGCUCACAUCUCAUCGCACCUCUGUGUGACUGACGCAUCUCAUCGGUUCCUCGUAGAAGGCUUUGUUUCCUCUUAAGUUUCCAGUUGGUAUUUUUCUGAGCUGAAGUCACCACUUGAAGUGCACAAAAGUGAAAAUGUGUCGUGCUGCACUUAAGGAAUGGAGAGGAACACUGUAUGUACAAAGUGGCUUAAACUUUUUUUUUUAAACACUUUGCCACAGAUUGUUUAGUUUGUGCUGUCAUUUAAGUUGUGUCUUAUAUCAGGAGAGAUUUGAGUUUUGUUACUUGUCUGAAGUCACCUGAAGAAUGUGCCCUUUGUGUUAUGAAACUUAAUUUUAUAAAAAUCAAAUUGAACUAUUUCUGUCAUUUCAUUGUUUCAGUAUAUAAAUCGCAUAAUGCAGCCGAGAUUGUGAAUGCAAGUUAAGGCAAAUUAAAUGCACUUCUCAGUUUUGUCUAGAAGGAUGCCUCCAGAACGAAUUGAAAACAGUUCAUACAUAGCAAAGAUGUGGUGGUACCGGGCUCUUUUUAAAUGUU